AUGUUACUACUUUGUUUAUUUACUCAAACAAUUGCUCGAGCUAGCGUAAAUAAAUCUAACCUAUAUUCUCUUCUACCGCGUUUUAUCAGCUACAAAAUUUCAAAUAAACAAUCAAAAUUAGAUGUAAAAUCGUCUAAACAAAUUUUGAUGAUGGAUAUUGAUGCCAAACUUAUCAAUACCGUAAAAUUGCAAAUGCUAAAAAUCUUUGAUGCCGGAGUUUCAUCAGUUUUGCCGGCUGUGUUAAUUGAAAAUAAAGUGCGCCUCGAAUCGAAUGACCUUAUUAUUGACGGUGAACCUCAUCUAAUAAACCACAAUGUCUACCUCGUGGGUUUUGGCAAAGCAGUAGCAGGAAUGGCCUACACUAUGGAGCAAUUGCUCGGAUCGCGACUCAAGCGUGGCAUCAUUUCUGUACCACGAACCUCCAAAUGCUACAAAGUCAAAUCACCAGAUUUGGAAUUACUACAGGAACGUACGGAAAAACAGUGCCAGUACUUGCAAGCUCUGAAAAGGUCAACUGUCAUCGAAUAUUGCGAGGCAGCAGAAAAUAAUCAACCAGAUGUGGCUUCAUUGGAAAAUACUGAGAAGAUCGUCGAAUUGGUUAAAAGUCUUGGUGAAAACGAUACGCUGAUUGUUUUGAUAUCCGGAGGUGGAUCAGCUUUGUUAUUCCAACCGAAAGCUCCCAUUACUGCGGAAAUGAAACGGGAUUUGUGCAGGAAAUUGCAGAACGCUGGGGCAAGUAUUACAGAACUUAACUGUGUCAGAAAACAGUUGUCAUUGGUGAAAGGAGGAGGACUCGCGAAAAUCGCGUAUCCAGCAAAAGUCAUUGCACUCAUUUUGUCUGAUAUCGUUGGAGAUCCUCUUGAAUUUAUUGCCAGUGGACCAACUUGUCCAAUACUUUCAUGCGAGGAAAAAGGUGCUCAACAGGAAGUAAUAAAUAUACUGCAAAAGUACAAUCUUUACGAAAAGCUUGAAACAGAUGUAAAGAUUCUAUUUACUGAACCAGAAGAGUAUGCAGUAGAUGAAAAAGCUAUGAUUGAAGAAGGAAGGUAUAAACAUGUGGACAAUAUUAUUAUUGGGAACAAUGCAACUGCUCUAGUAGCUUCUUCUCUAUUCGCUAAGAAAUUGAAUUUGGAAAGCAUUGUGUUGAGCAAUGUGAUUGAAGGUGAUGUUAAAAAUGUUAGCUAUGCUUAUGCCAAACUGACAAAAGUGAUAUGCCAUGUUUUGGAGAAGAGCUUUCCUACAAAAACAGAAUUUGUCAAUGAAGUUCAAAAUCACAAUCUAGAUAUUUUGAAAAUUAAUAAUGAAAAAUUUGAAGAGGCAUAUGAAAUAUUAACAAAAACGCGAAAAGACAAGGGUAUUUUGCUACUAGCUGGUGGAGAGCCAACAGUGGUUGUUGAAGGUUCUGGUGAAGGAGGCAGAAAUCAAGAACUUGCUCUUCGAUUUUCUCUGGACUGGUUGAGUGAAAUUGCAAAAGAUCCUGUAUUAGCUAGGUACUUUAUUCUAUUUCUCAGUGCUGGAACAGAUGGCCAGGAUGGACCAACUGAUGCUACUGGAGGUUUUGGUCAUCCAGGAUUCUAUCCAAAGCUGAGUGGACUCCACAAGCAACUCUUGGACAAGCAGAAAGUUACAUUAAAAUCACAAGAGUUACUAGAUAUAAAAAGUCAACUAAUGCAUAUUGAAAAGAUGUUGCCUGAAAACGUACUGAAAAUAAACAACAGUUAUCACUUUUAUUCAAGCUUUGAAGAUGGGCAAUACCAGGUAAAAACUGGUCUUACUGGAACUAAUGUGAUGGAUUUACAUUUCAUUUAUUUGAAAAGACGGAGUUGUGAAUGUAAUAUUCAGACGUAUUUUUCAAUAAAAAAUACUGAUAAAGAUGAAAGUCAACAAAAGAAAAAGUUUGGAGACUGUUCAUUCACAACAAUUACAUGGUAAAUUUAGAAAAAUAAUGAAUAA